CCCCCGCACCGCCUCCUCCUCCGCGCGCAGCCCCGCGCCUCCCACCGUCGCCGUUGCGCCCAUCGCAGCCCGCACCUCCCUGUAGCCUGCCCCGAUGUGCUGAGCCCGCGCGGCCCCAAACCCGGCGCCUUCCGCCAUCUCUCCGCGCCGGCCGUUGGAGCCGCCCGCCUCGCAUCCAGGGUAGCCGGCGGGAGGAGGAGAAGUCAGCCUGCCGCCAUGGACAGCCCCGGCGGCGUCACCGACAAGAAGAGGAUUAGCUCGGAACGCAGAAAAGAGAAGUCAAGAGAUGCAGCCCGGUGCCGAAGGAGCAAGGAAUCGGAAGUAUUCUAUGAGCUUGCCCAUCAGCUUCCCUUGCCCCACACUGUGAGUGCACAUCUGGACAAGGCAUCCAUUAUGAGACUGACCAUCAGCUACUUGCGCAUGAGAAAGCUGCUAGAUGCUGGUGAGCUGGAGACAGAAGCCAAAAUGGAGAAGGAACUGAACUGUUUCUACUUGAAAGCUCUUGAUGGAUUUGUCAUGGUUCUGUCUGAAGAUGGGGACAUGAUUUACAUGUCUGAAAACGUGAACAAGUGUAUGGGACUCACUCAGUUUGAGUUGACAGGGCACAGUGUCUUUGAUUUCACUCAUCCAUGUGACCAUGAAGAGCUGAGAGAAAUGCUUACACACAGAAAUGGUCCUGUGAAAAAGGGCAAAGAGCAAAAUACAGAGCGCAGCUUUUUUCUCAGAAUGAAGUGUACACUGACUAGCAGGGGAAGAACAGUGAAUAUCAAGUCUGCUACAUGGAAGGUACUCCACUGCACUGGACACAUACGUGUAUAUGACACAUGUGGUAAUCAAACUCACUGUGGCUACAAAAAGCCUCCCAUGACGUGUCUGGUGUUGAUCUGUGAACCUAUUCCUCAUCCAUCAAACAUUGAGGUCCCCUUGGACAGUAAAACGUUCCUCAGUCGUCACAGUCUUGAUAUGAAAUUUUCAUAUUGUGAUGAAAGAAUAACAGAGUUGAUGGGAUAUGAGCCAGAGGAACUCCUGGGUCGCUCAAUCUAUGAGUACUAUCAUGCGCUGGAUUCUGAUCAUCUGACCAAAACACACCACGACAUGUUCACCAAAGGGCAGGUGACAACAGGACAGUACAGAAUGCUUGCUAAACAAGGUGGCUAUGUCUGGGUUGAAACUCAAGCAACUGUUAUAUACAACACUAAGAAUUCUCAGCCACAGUGCAUAGUUUGUGUAAACUAUGUGUUGAGUGGAAUUGUUCAGAAGGACUUGAUUUUUUCCCUUGGACAAACUGAGUGUAUGCUGAAACCAGUGGAUUCUCCUGAUAUGAAAAUGACCAAAAUAUUCAGCAAAGAUGACUUGGAAGAUACCAACAGCCUAUUUGAAAAACUUAAGCAGGAACCAGAUGCUUUAACUGUGCUGGCCCCAGCUGCUGGAGACACAAUUAUCUCUCUAGAUUUCAGCAGUAAUGAGUCUGAUGAACAACAAUGUGAUGAAGUUCCUUUGUAUAACGAUGUAAUGCUCCCCUCAUCCAGUGAGAAAUUGCAGAAUAUAAAUAUGGCAAUGUCCCCACUACCUGCUUCUGAAACUACAAAGCCACUUCGUAGCAAUGCUGAUCCUGCACUCAAUAGAGAAGUUGUAUCAAAGCUGGAGCCAAACACAGAGCCGCUUGAACUUUCUUUUACCAUGCCUCAAGUGCAAGAGCAACCAACCAGCCCUUCUGAUGCAAGUACCAGCCAAAGUUCACCUGAGCCCAGUAGUCCCAACAACUACUGCUUUGAUGUGGAUAAUGAUAUGGCUAAUGAAUUCAAACUGGAAUUAGUGGAGAAACUCUUUGCAAUAGAUACUGAAGCAAAAAAUCCAUUCUCUACUCAGGAAACUGAUUUAGAUCUAGAGAUGUUGGCUCCUUAUAUCCCAAUGGAUGAUGACUUCCAGUUGCGAUCCUUUGAUCAGCUGUCUCCACUGGAAAGCAGUUCUUCUGGCUCUCAGAACGCAGCCACCAUUACCUUAUUUCAGCAGACUCAGACACCAUCAAGUACUGCUGAUGAAAUAAAGCCAGUGUCGGAACGUGUGGAUGAUGUGAAGUCGCUAAUUGUUCCUUCAUCUCCUGUUCACAUAAUCAGUGAAACGAGUAGUGCCCCAGGAUCCCCUUACAGUGGGAACAGGAGUCGAACUGCAUCUCCAAUCAGAGCAGGAAAAGGAACAUCGGAUCAGACAGAAAAACCUUGUCCUGGAGCACCCAGUUUGCUAACAGUCACUCUGAAUAAAAGAUCUACUGCAAUGGAUGAAGAACUAAAUCCAAAGAUGCUAGCUUUGCAUAAUGCUCAGAGAAAACGAAAAAUGGAACAUGAUGGUUCACUUUUUCAGGCAGUUGGAAUUGGGUCUUUAUUUCAGCAGACAGGUGACCGUGGAGGAAAUGCAUCACUUGCUUGGAAACGUGUGAAGGGAUGCAAAACAAAUGGUCAUAAUGGAGUGGAGCAAAAGACAAUCAUUCUACUAUCAACUGACAUAGCAAGUAAACUUCUAGGGCAGUCGAUGGAUGAAAGUGGGCUACCCCAACUCACGAGUUACGAUUGUGAAGUAAACGCUCCCAUACAAGGCAACAGAAACCUGCUACAGGGUGAAGAACUGCUCAGAGCUCUGGAUCAAGUUAACUGAGCUUUCACAAUACUUGUUCCUUUUUUUGGACACUGGUGAAUCAUCACCUAAAGCAGUCUAUUUAUAUUUUCUAUAUCUGAUUUUAGAAGCCUGGCUACAGUACUGCACUAAUUCAGUUAGUUCAGUUUUGAUCCCCUUUCUACUUACUUUGACAGUCUUUUUAAUAUGUUCUUUAUGUAACAAUAACUCAAAACUAUAGUGCGUUUUUAUAAUUCUUUGGUACAUACACUUUUAAGUCCAUUACAUUUAAAACACUCUUGCAAUAGCAGCUUUGAAAUAUGCACCUGAUCUAAAAAAAUAUAUUUAUUUUUUGGCUGGGGAGUUGGUCACCAAAACUUAGUAGUAAAAUGUCAACACAGGAAAAACUGGCAGUACUUCCACCCUGCUUUUCAUAGGUAGUUGGAAGACUUGUGUUCUCUUACUCUUUAUGUUCAAAUAAGUUUUUUAUUUUAAUAGUUUUUAUAAGAUACAACAAUGCUUUGCAGCAGUGCAUUGUAGCCACAAUCGCACAAUAUAUUUUCUUAAAAAAUACCAGCAGUUCCUCAUGCAAUAUAUUCUGCAUUUAUAAAAACUAGUUUUUAAGAAGAAUCCUCUUUUGUUUGCCUAUGAAAUUGUAUUUAAACCUGGAUUAUGUCAUUAUUUUAGUCAUGUUGUAAUAUAAAAUGUUCUUAAAUGCUGUCUUAUGCUUUUGACUUAAAUGAGCGUGGUUAGUCAAAGGAAAGGCUUUAUCUGGAAAGGGCUAGCAGCAUUUUAUUUGGAUUUGUUCUCAAUUUAGGAAAGUUUGAUGUUAUUAAAGUAGUCAUUUUGCCAGCUUAAAAAAAAAAAAUCCCCUGCCUGUAGCUGUUGAAGUUAAUGCUAAUACUGUGUAUGAUCUUAAAUCUAAAUGUUCAGCUUACCCUGUGUGGUAUAGGUGAUAUUUCAAGCAGAUUGUAAAACAUCUUGCAUUGUUAGCAAAGUUUUAUCUAGUACAUCAUUGAGUUGCUCAAUAUUUUGAUGUUUUGGUUUUAUGCACCUUGUUGCUAUUAACAUCCAUAUGUUUUCAUGUAGAUUUCAGUAACUUGAAUAUAUUUAGCAGCCUUUUUAUUUAGAAAUACAUAGUUGUCACAAACAUCUUAAUUUCCUAUAUGUACUGUACAAAACCUUCAUUCACUCAUUCUUUUGCUCUUUGUGGUUGGAUCUAACACUAACUGUAUUGUUUUCUUACAUCAAUAAACUAUAUGUGGACCAGG